UGUUUUAUAUGUGGUUCGUUUCUGUGUGAGGAGAUGCGGUGAUGGCGGGGGUGAAUUUGUCAUUUUCUGCAUGUGGCUUUAUGGGAAUCUACCAGCUUGGUGCAGCCAGUGCUUUUCUCACACAUGGACACAAGCUAGUGGAGUCUCUGAGAGCCUGUGCUGGAGCAUCGGCUGGAGCACUGGUGGCUGCAGUUAUCAUCACAGCUCCCGACAGGCUGGAGCAAUGUAAAGAAUUCACCAUCAAGCUUGCUAGCAAUGUCAGGAAACAGAAGCUUGGUGCCAUGACACCUGGAUAUGACUUCAUGUGUGAGCUGAGGGACGGCAUAGAUGAGAUCCUGCCUACUAACGCUCACCUGUUAGCCUGCAAACGCCUCCAUGUUUCCAUCACCAACUUAAAAAUGGGCAGGAACAGCAUGGUGUCCAGCUUCAGCUCCAGAGAGGACCUGAUUCAGGUGCUAUUAGCCAGCAGUUUCGUCCCGGUGUAUGCUGGAAUGAAGGCUGUUGAAUUACAAGGCCAGAAUUGGAUUGAUGGGGGUUUUACGGACGGCCUUCCCAUUCUUCCUGUGGGCCGGACCAUCACUGUAUCCCCGUUCAGUGGCCCACAAGAUGUUUGCCCACCCUACAUGGGUCAGAGGAAGCUGUACUUCAGGCUGGCUAACAUGAAGAUCAUACUUUGUGCAGAGAACAUCAGACGCUUGUACGAAGGCUUGUUCCCUCCGUCUCUGCCCCGAAUGCAGGCCUUGCAUCAAGAAGGCUACACGGACGCCUUACGGUUUUUGAAAACUGAAGGCUGGAUGCGUUCAUGAGACUAAGAACUGUUUUUAAUUACAAUACUUGUUAGUAUGAGAUUAUACAUCAACUUUAUUUAUAUAAGUGGAG